UAUCAGUCCUAAAACUAGACGGUUUCUCCCUCUCUCUCUCGCAGCUGCGUUUUGUUUUUUUAAUAAAAGGGCCGUCUGACCAGUAAAGUAGGGCUUCUUCUCCGACGCCAGUCCUGUACUUUUCCUUCUGUUCACGGUGCACUGCUGUGAUCUAUCUUACGCCGCCGUCAGAGGUAAGCUCCUUAUCAUACGCCGUAUCUCCAAUAUUCUUUGAUAUUUCUCCCCCGGAAACGUACCUGACCCCAAAUCAAGGCACAAGUUUGGGAAUUUAUGUCUCUCACUUUCCGAUUUGUUGAUCGUUAUAGACGCAUUCUGUUUGAUUGUUGAUUAAGCCGGGGCAGUGUUUUGCUAGGUUUUUGCUGCUUGCUGUACGAUCUAUCGGCGAGUGAAUUCGUUAAAGAUUUGUUCUUGGGACGCACGGGGGAAUCUCGAGUUAACUGCUAUUUGAUGCGCUGCCGUCGCUUCGGAUCAGUUAGGCCAAUUAGAAAUUCGUGUCUGGCUCUGAGAUGGCCAAUUCUGGCGGUGCCGGGACCAAGUUUGUAUCUGUGAAUCUGAAUAAAUCUUAUGGACAGCCUUAUCAGCGUGCUAAUCAAUCUUAUAGUGGGUCUUAUGGUCAGGCUGCAAGCAGUCGAGGUGGUCGGCCAGGUAGUGGCGGAGGAGGAGGGGGAGGAAUGGUUGUUUUGUCACGGCCCAAGAGUUCACAGAAGGUUGGACCUAAAUUAUCUGUUCCACCCCCCCUGAAUUUGCCGUCAUUGAGGAAAGAACACCAGAAAUUUGAUGUAUCUGGACCAGGUAGUGGGGCAACCAGUGUUGGUGGAUCUGGCGGUGGGACAAAAACUUCUUCUGGCGUGGGCUGGACAAAACCCGCUCCUGCUAUUGGGUUACAGGGGAAGGAUGGUGAUACUCAAGUAGUUGAAGGCACGAAUUAUCAUGAAAGUGGUGCUUAUAUGCCACCUUCAGCUCGUUCUGGUGGAAUUGGAUCUUCACUUGCUGUUUCUACCAAACAUUUACCCCUGGCAGCAGAGAAAGCCAGCGUUUUGUGGGGUGAGGAUUUCCCUUCUCUGAAGGCUGCUUUGCCUGUCCCUUCGGUCCCUUCUCACAAACAGAAAGACAGUUCCAAUCAAAAGCAAAAAGUAGACGAGGAAUACUCCAAUCAGGCAAAUCACAGUUCUGGUUCACUUGAUAUGCGCCCUCAUGGUCUUGCUGCCCGCCAAUCAAUUGAGAAUAGACCGGUGGAGAAUGGUGUUGGUGGCCAUGAUCUGGACUGUCCAAGCCGAUCUGACCAUUCAUGGAAACAAGAAGAGUACUUCACAGGUCCACUGCCGUUAGUUCGACUGAAUCCGAGGUCUGAUUGGGCUGAUGAUGAGCGUGACACUGGCCAUGGUUUUGUCGACAGGAGCAGUAGAGAAUCAAGAAUGGUGAAAAGUGAAAAUUACUGGAGCAGUGAUUUUGACAUGCCCAGAACUAGCGUUUUACCACAUAAACUACCUAAUGUUAAUCAGUAUGAAAGGUGGGGUGGUCAAAGAGACAAUGAAACUGGAAUUGUUGUUUCCAGUGAAGUCAUUAGAGGAGGGGAUACUUAUCAUAGGGACUCGAGAACAGAAAGCAGGGACGGAAACAUGUGGAAAUCCUCACCUCUCCCGAGAGUUGGGAAUGUUUCGGAAGCUGUAAACAUCAGAAAUGCGGUUAGCUCGAGAGUAUUUGCACUUAACAAGGAUACGGGGAAAGAGGGUAAGUAUUUUCCACCACAGUUAGGAGAAACAGCAAACCGUGACUCCACAUUUGGAACCAAGGAAGCAAUUCAUUCAUCAGAUGUGCAUAAGCAUUGGAGCAAUGAUAGAGUCUCAUAUAACAGUCGAGGCAUUGACCGAUCUAACAGAUUUGGCUACCAAAACAGUAAUGGACACACGCCUUCAUUUACUUCACCUGGUAAAUCUGUUGCUGUAUCUGUCCCUGUACCCAAUCAUGGGCGUGAUAAGUCUGCAUUUUCAAGACAUGAAAAACCAUAUAUUGAGGACUUCGGGUCUGCAGGAUUUGAUGAAAGGGACAUCCUGUCAGGGGGUCUUGUCGGGGUCAUCAAAAGGAAAAAGGAUGUAGUUAAGCAGACUGAUUUCCACGACCCUGUCAGGGAGUCAUUUGAGGCCGAACUUGAAAGAGUUCAGAAGAUGCAAGAGCUUGAACGGCAGCGAAUCAUAGAAGAACAAGAAAGAGCCUUGGAACAAGCUCAGAAGGAGGAAGAAGAAAGACAACGGCUAGUUAGGGAGGAAGAAGAACGGCAUAGAAGGUUGGAAGAAGAAGCCCGAGAAGCUGCCUGGAGGGCAGAGCAAGAGCAACUGGAGGCUAUUAGAAGAGCCGAUGAGCAGAAGGCUGCUAGAGAAGAGGAGAGGAGGAGGCUUUUCCUAGAGGAAGAGAGGAGAAAACAGGCUGCUAAACAGAAGCUUCUAGAGUUGGAGGCUAGGAUUGCAAAAAGAGAGGCCGAUAGAGGAAAAUGUGACCCUUCAAUUCCGACCACCAUUCCAGACGAAAAACCAUCUGUUGCUGUGAAGGAAAAUGAGGCUUCAGAUCCAGAUAACUGGGAUGAGAGUGAAAGGAUGGUGGAACGGCUAACAACUUCUAUAUAUCCUGAGGCACCUGUUCUGAGCGGAUCUGCUGAGAUGGGUUUGAGGCCUUAUAAUUCAAGAGACAGUUUUUCCGAUUUCGCUGAUGCUGGAAAACCUAUUAAUUCAUGGAGAAGGGAUGUGUUUGGGACUGGUAGUGGCUCACGUUUUGAACAUGAUUCUGGUCACCUCAGUCCACGAAGAGAUGCAUCUGGUAGGGGGGUCAGAUUAGCUCCUCAGAAGGAGUUUUAUGGAGGGAGUAGUUACAUGUCUUCUAGGACUCUCAUUAUGAAAGAUGCGAUGCAAGAAGCUUUUGUGGAUGAAUUUGGAGAGCCAAAAGAAGAAGAUAGGUGGAACUUUUCAGAAUUUCAUGAUAAUUUAGAGGAAAAGUAUAAUGAUAUUGGAUGGAGGCAGGGCAGUUCUCGUGGUGGCAAUUCUCGUUUCCCUUUUCCAGGCCAAUCAUCAUACCAUAAUUCUGAAACCGAUGAUCAUUUCUCUUAUGGUAAGUCAAGAUAUUCGAUGAGGCAGCCACGUGUGCUCCCCCCUCCCACCGUUUCAACUUUUCAGAGGCAUUCAUUCAGGGGUGAAAAUGAAAUUGCUGUGGCUUCAGAAUUUGCAGGCAGUAAUAAAAACGUGGAACCUACUGAAAGUGAUGGCAACCAUCUUGAAAGAAGUGGCACGUCACUAGCUGUUGAUCUGCAGCAAAACAGCUCUUCCAGAGAAGAGAAGUUGGUAAAAGAUAUGGGCUCGAGAUGCGAUUCACAAUCCUCACUAUCAGUUACAAGUCCUCCAAAUUCUCCACCUCAUCUCUCUAAUGAUGAGCUGGAUGAAUCUGGUGAUUCUCCUGUUGUAUCUGCUGCAGCAGGGGGGCAAAACGUCACAUUCUCUGGAACUAAGCCCUUCAUGAAAGAUGUUUCCAGAAAAGAUGUGAUGAGAACAGCUUCAAGCUCUAUUUCCAUUGCCGAGGAUGAAGAAUGGACUGUUGAAAACAAUGAUGAUUUGCCACGGCAAGAGGAGUAUGACGAUGAGGAAGACGGUUACAGGGAAGGAGAUGAUGAACUUCUCAAUGAAGAUGACUAUAACGUUGACCUAAACCAAGAUUUGGAAGGCAUGCACCUGGGAGACAGGGUUUCAUCACCUAAUUCACACAAUUUGGUUUUAGGCUUCAAUGAGGGAGUUGAAGUGGCCAUACCUAGUGAUGAUUUCGAGAGGAAUUUAAGAAAUGAUGAGAGUAUAUUUGACAGAGAUGACACUUAUGUUCAUAAUAGUAUCCCUGAAGAACAGGGAGCUAUAAAUUGUGUCCAAGUUGAUGAUAAGUGUUAUCAACCUGCUGCAGAAGGUUCGUCGCAGUCAAGUUCUGGUUGUGAAAAUGAAAGGGCAGUGCAGGAAGCUGUAAAGGGGCCUGCUAUUGUUCCACACACUUCAAACACAUCUAAUAUUUUAGAUGGUGUUGAUGCUCCUAGUGGUGCACUUUCUUCUGCCGCAAGUCAAGCAGAUUUAUCCACUAAACUUCAGUUUGGACUAUUUUCUGGGCCAACAUUGAUACCAUCUCCUGUGCCUGCAAUUCAGAUUGGUUCUAUACAGAUGCCUCUUCACUUGCAUCCACCGGUUGGCACAUCCCUUGCGCAUAUGCAUCCAUCACAACCUUCUUUUUUCCAGUUUGGCCAGUUCAGGUAUUCACCUCCUAUCUCCCAAGGAAUGUUGCCAGGGACAGCUCUACCAGUGUCUUUCAUUCAGCCAAAGCUACAAAGCAAUAAAUAUAAUGUGAAUCAAUGUAAUGGAGGUUACCGUGGGCAGUCUCACAGAGAUGAUUCAGAACUAGAUUCAUCAUCGGUAAGAGCUGCAGGGAACAAUGCUCAGACACUUGUGAUCAACUCCGAGGUUUCUGGUCAUACUGAGACCAAGGAACAGGAUAGUGUAGAUAUUCAGAGUAAUCUGGAAUCAUCCAAGCGGCAGAAUGUAUCGACUGUAAGUCGGGUGAUUUCUGGUGGAUUUAAGUCUCAAGGUUCAUUCUCUGGCACAAAGGGUAAGAGGUUCACUUAUGCUGUUAAAAAUAACAGUGCUAGGUCAACUUCUAAUGCUUUUGAGACUUUUUUCUCAGAUUUUAAUGGGUUUCAAAGGAGACCACGGCGGACAGUCCAACGGACAGAAUUUCGAGUUCGGGAGAAUGCUGAUAAGAGACAGUUUUCUGGUGCUCUCCCAGUUAAUGAUACUAGUUUUGAUGAUAAGGCAGCAUACGGUGGAAAGUAUGGAGGGUUUUUUACAAGAAGUGGAUCUAAGAGAGGUUCGAUGCCUAAUAAAUCCAUGAAACACACUGUAGAAGCUGAAAAGUCUAGUCAGGGAAGCAAUGGUUCUCAAAAUAUUGCUACUAUGAAGGAUCAUGUUAUUAAGAGGCAGAGUGGUCUUUCUAAUAUUCGGGAGGGAAAUUUGAAGAGGAAUAACAUAUAUGAGGAAGAUGUUGAUGCUCCAUUGCAGAGUGGAGUUGUACGAGUUUUUAAACAACCUGGUAUUGAAGCCCCUAGUGAUGAAGAUGACUUUAUUCAAGUGAGGUCUAAAAGGCAAAUGCUGAAUGACCGCCGGGAACAGAGAGAGAGAGAAAUAAAAGCAAAAUCUCGGGCCUUAAAGCAACCGCGUAAACCUCACAUUGCCAGACAAAACAAUGCAGCUUCAACCAGCUUAAAUAAGUCAUCCGUACAUAUUUCCUUGAAAACACACUCUGCCUUUGCUACGACUGAGGGCCAAGGUUCAACCAACAAGCCUGAAGCCAUAAGUUGUUCUGCCAAUCUCGUGCCGCCAAUCGCUCAAAUUUGUACUCCUGCCAUAGAUGCUGGAACUGAAUCAGAUAUCAGAUCAAACAAAUCUCUUAAAGCCCCCCCUGCUACUGUCGUAUCUGGUAGUGGAAGCGAUGGAAUGAGCUUGAUGUUUGAGGGAAACAAAUGUGAAGGUGCUGUUAUGUCAAUGUCUUCGAAGUCCUGGUGCACUCCAUGUGUGAACCAACAAAGCCAGCUUGAGGAGGCUAUGAAGCCAGUGAAAUUUGAGACGCAAGAUUCUUGUUCUACUUCGGGGAGUCAUAUUAGUAGUUCAGUUAGCGAGCCUGCCUUACCAUCAUCAUCAUCAAUUAUGAUGGCCAAUGACAAGUCUUCCUUUUUGCUGACAACAAGUCCAAUUAACUCUCUGCUUGCUGGAGAGAAAAUCCAAUUUGGUGCUGUUACAUCCCCAACAAUUCUCCCUGUUAGUACCCGUGUUGUUUCACAUGGGAUCGGAGCUCCAGGUUCCAAGCGGCCUUCUGAUGUACAAAUCUCCCACAAUCUUUCUGCAACUAAGAAUGAUUGUUCUCUCUUUGACAAACUCCCAAAUGACUGCUCUGUGAGCUUACAAGAUUCUGAGGCAGAAGCUGAGGCAGCCGCAUCUGCCGUUGCUGUUGCAGCCAUCACUAAUGAUGAAGGUGGGGAGAAUGGACUUGGUUCUGUAACAGCUUCAGAAGCUAAAAAAAUCUUUGAAGGAGGUCGGCAAUUGGGAAGUCAAUCAAGGGUUGAAGAACCACUAUCAGUAUCUCUUCCUGCAGAUCUUUCUGUUGAAAACCAUCCAAUAUCUUUAUGGCCACGUGUAUCCGACCCUCAGAAUCCUUCAGGCCAGAUGCUUUCCCAUUUUCCUGGAGGACCACCGCCUUCUCACAUCCCUAUCUAUGAGAUGAAUCCUGUCUUGGGUGGUCCUAUUUUUUCCUUUGGGCCUCACGAAGAAUCAACUGUUUCCCAAACUCAACCCCAGAAGAGUACUGGCACAGGUUCAGGGCCUCUUAGUGCAUGGCAACAGUGUCAUUCCUCCAUGGAUUCAUUCUAUGCCCCCCCAUCAGGGUUCACGGGCCCAUUAUAUAGCCCAACUGGAAGAAUCCCUGGGGUUCAAGGUCCUCCUCCCCAUAUGGUGGUCUAUAAUCAUUUUGCACCGUUUGGGCAAUUCGGGCAGGUAGGUUUGAGUUUUAUGGGCACCACUUAUAUUGCCUCUUCUGGCAAGCAGCACAACCCAAACUCCACUAUGGUGGGGGGGAUGAAUGAAGGAGAUAUGAAUAUCAUAAGUUCCACACAGAGAAAUGCAUCGUCAGCACCUGUUCAACAACAUCUUGCUCCUGGGUCACCUCUUAUCCCUAUGGCUUCUCCCUUGGCUAUGUUUGAUGUUUCUCCUUUUCAGCCACCACCGCCAGACAUGCAGCAUUGGUCUAGCAUGCACACAGCAGCUCUUCACUCCGCUGCUAUCUCUCUGCCACCUCUGCAGCAUCAACAACAACAACCAGAAGCUGCCCCGUUUGACCAAGGAAGACACUCCGCUGACCAAUCAUUGAACGUCGUCAGCAGUAGGUUCCCGCCUGAUUCUCUUGCGUCAACAACAGCACCUGAGAAUUGUCCCAAGAAAUUUCCUGCUCCAUCAUCAGUUAAUAAUAAUUGUAAUAAUAGCAACAAAAAUAAUAAUAGCCCAACAGCCCAGUUCAUGGAUCGUCUUGGUGGCCAAUCUUCAGAGAAUGCUGGAGCAAGUACCACCAGAGAUAUAGUUGGGAAGAGUGAUAAUAACAACAAUAAUAGAGUUGAACAAACCACAGCUACUACUACAAAUGCUGGGUUCAGUUCUCAUCAAAUGCCCCGACAACACAGGAAUCCAUCUUUACAUCAUCAUCAGAGCCAUUCUAGUGGUGGUUAUAAUGGUUAUUACCAUGGCAGGGGGAAUGGGAUUCCCCAAAGGAAUAAUGAGUGGUCCUAUCGAAGAACGGGUUUCCAUGGUGGUAGAAACCAGACUUUUAAUGGUGGAGAUAGGGGUUUUUCUUCUACUACAAGAGUGAAACAGAUAUAUGUUGCUAAGCAAAGCAAUAGUGGGAGUGGCGGUGUGACUAAAACAGAGGGAUAGAUGAGUGAUUGUUCUUUGAGGGCUUUAAGGGGUUAUUGAACUUGACAUUUGAUGUUAUGCUGGGUGCUAUGCUACUACUUGGUUUAUCCAGUUCAAUUUUUACAUAUUUGCUAAGAAUAUGAUGAAUUUGUUUUUUUUUUCGAAUUAAUCAUUUCUGGCGUUAGAUUUGGAUAGGUGGUGUUAGAUCACUUUUUUUGUUGUAAUAGCAUAGCUAUUUUUGUCAGGAUUCAGUUCUGGAAAAGCUAUUUAUUGUUUGGCUCCUCAUUUAUUCGUGUUAUAGUUGAGGUUGG